AUGCCUCUGACAAUACCUCGUGAAUUUAAACCAUUCUUACGUGACGGUGACAAUGCUAUUACAGCUACAGACGCACGCUCUCUCGCCUAUGAUGGUCAACUCGUUUUCACUUCGCCCAACAUGACUUUCGUUCCCCAACUAUACAACAAUCCCUCCAAUAUUGUGCAAGCAAGGGCGGAUGGGAAGUUUUGGGCGAUGGAUCCUUUCCAGUGGCCUCAAAUGUAUGCAGACGCUUACACCUGGAGUUUUACCAUUCCACGACGCGAAUUCCAUGAUCCUGGCACUGACCUGUGGUAUGCUUGGUGGUCGCCAGCUUUUUCUGACGACUUUGAGCCAUUAUCUCCUGGUCAUGUCUUUGGCAAGCUGAAGUCCACCCACCGUGAUCACCUAUUUCGACUUUACGAGCGGGCUAACAAGUGUGUCGGUUCCUACAAGCUAUUCCGAGAAAACAAGCAAGACGCAGUUGUUGGAUGGGUCACCGGGUUGCGCUCUGUUUUUGAGCACUUUAAAGAGACGUGGGCAUGGCGAGAUAUUGUGAUGAUCUUGGCUGAGUUUCAGAGGCGAUUCCUGGAGAUAUGGAGCAUGAUGGAUUACCUUGAGAUCUUUGAGCCACAGUUGAAAUUUGAGGACAGCGCACGGGGUCAACAAGACUUGGAUGGGGUGCUUCACCAAAGACUCCGCUAUCGCGUUGAGGCUCCACAAGGCUGGUUUGUUCCCUUCACUCCUGCCGACCUUGUGUUUGGGAUGUACCUCCAUCCCAUUAAGAACUUCGCUCAACCUUUCGAUAUCCGGCACAAGGGUCCAAGUGAUCAUCAACGCCAGGCUGCGGUUCGUCAACCGUACCUUACUUUUGAAGAGAUCCCCAUAGAUCAAACCGAAGUCAAUCGCUUUGCAGCUUCCAGAGAGCCAUCAUCGGGUAAAGCGCCCACCAAGACCAUGAAAAAUAAGUCCGCAGUAUAUGAACCGACCGCUCUGCGCCAGAACCAGUCUCAAGUUGGAUGUGACAAAUGGUGCGACGUGGCUCACCUGUUCAUGCCCAACAUCAACACCUUCUUCGCAUCGGCUAUGAGUCACGCGGAGAAAGAUUUGAGUCGUGUCAAGCCAACCCGCGCAAGAAUGGAUGAGGGAUACAGGCUCCCCAAUCCUGGAUUAUUUGUCAAUGUCCUUUCCUUGCAGUCUCUCAAGAAAUAUCUCACUAACUGGUUGGCAUGCUGUGAGUCAUGGCUGAAGCAUGUUUAUAUGUCGCCUCCAUCUCCGCUCCCUCGGUCCCAAAGCUGGUGUGAUCUAUUGAUCAUGCAGCCAACACCACAGCCCUCGUCGUCAAGUGGUCAGAUGCCAUCAGGCAAGACUGGCAAGUCCAAAGCCAAACUCGAUGUGUUCUUUGGAGAUGAAUUAUCGCUUCUACGCCAGUUUUGGACUGGAUCCCAGAUGUUGCAAUGGAGGGGUCAGGAAAUCGAAGCAGCAAUGCUCGAGAAUCCGCCGCAUCAUCUCGUUCAACAGAUUAUAUAUGAGAUUUGCGAGCAAAGCUUCCAAUACGACCUUCUGGAACUUGAUGAACAUCUUGCCAGUCAUAUGCAGCUGGAUCGGGAGGCGAAGAAGCGUCGCAUGGAGUUGCUCCAUGGAAUUUUUCCUCAGCAUGUGGGACAAGGAUUUUUCGACUCGGAAUGA